CUUUCCCUGCAGAGGACCCUGGCAAGCUUCCUGUCUGCAGAGCACAAGACAACACGCUUCUACAGAGAGAACUAGGUUUCCAAUUGGUGCCAACACAUGGAACCGAAGUGAAACCAUACUCCCUAAUUUUAAACAUUUGAGAAACGGGGCUCAGAUGAUCAAAAUGAAAGCCAUCAUCUUUGUAGCUGUUGGAGCACUGCUUCUGUCACCUGCUUCCUGUCAAAGUGGCAUGGAAUGUGAUGCAGACAACUUGGCAAAGCCGACCUUACCUAUUAAGACCUUCCGUGGAGCUCCCCUGAAUUCUUUUGAAGAGUUUCCCCUUUCUGCCAUAGAAGGCUGGACAGGAACCACCACAACUGUAAAAAUUAAGUGCCCUGAAGAAAGUGUUUCAAAUCUCCAUGUGAAUAAUGCUACCAUGAGGUACCUGAGCAGCUCUUUAAGUACCAGACUGAUACCUGCCAUCUACAUCCUGGUGUUUGUAGUAGGUGUGCCAGCCAAUGUGGUGACCCUGUGGAUGCUCUUCUUCAGGACCAGAUCCAUCCGUAUGAAUGUCUUCUACGCCAACCUGGCCAUUGCAGACUUUCUUUUUUGCGUUACACUGCCCUUUAGAAUAGCAUACCAUCUCAACGGGAACAACUGGGUAUUUGGAGAGGUCAUGUGCCGGGCCACCACAGUCAUAUUCUAUGGCAACAUGUACUGUUCCAUUCUACUCCUCGCCUGCAUCAGUAUCAACCGCUACCUGGCCAUUGUCCAUCCUUUCACUUACCGGGGGCUGCCCAAGCGCACCUAUGCCUUGCUAAUGUGUGGAUUGGUGUGGACAACGGUUUUCUUAUAUAUGCUGCCAUUUUUCAUUCUGAAGCAGGAGUACUAUCUUGUCCAGCAGGACAGCACCACCUGCCAUGAUGUCCACAACACAUGCGAGUCCUCGUCUCCCUUCCAACUCUACUACUUCAUCUCCUUGGCGUUCUUUGGAUUCUUAAUUCCAUUUUUGGUCAUUAUCUACUGCUACACAGCCAUCAUUUGGAGGCUUAAUGCAAAAGAUCGUAGGUGGUUGUGGUAUGUUAAGGCGAGUCUCCUCAUUCUUGUGAUUUUUACCAUUUGCUUUGCUCCAAGCAACAUCUUACUCAUUAUUCACCAUGCAAACUACUACUACAACAAUGCCGAUGGCUUAUACUUCAUCUAUCUCAUAGCUUUGUGCCUUGGUAGCUUGAAUAGCUGCCUAGAUCCAUUCCUUUAUUUUCUCAUGUCAAAAAUCACGAAUCACUCCACGGCUUACCUUACAAUGGUGAAAUCAUCUUAGAGAACAAGGAAAGCUAUGUGUGAAAACAUACACUCUUGGGAUAACAUACGUAUACUGCAAGGACCUCUAUUCUCUAGCUCCAUUUGUGAGCCCCUAAGAAAUGGUGUUUCAGAAUAAAACAUUACAUAAACAGUAACUUAAAAAAAAAAAAACCUAUCAGUAUUUUAAGAAGGAAAAUUCAGGAGAAAAGAUCUAUCUGCCUGACUGGUAGUUCAAGUUCUUUAAAUCUCCAUCUUCCCUACUUCUAAGAGGUUUCUAUUCUAGAUGAUCUGGAGGAGGAAGAUGGAAUGGGGGGCAAGGGUGCAGCAUGGGGGGAGCUAAGAUCUCAGUUUUAGUAUCUGGGGUCAUUUGUAAUUCUUCUGCCUCCUUCAGCUCUCAUGCUGGUGUCUGCCUCAUCAGCUGAUUCUAUGUGUGUAAUGUCUCUCAGUAGGGUCCGUUAUCCUAGCCCCACCUUUGCUUUCUAACCAUUCAUGACUGCCAGCCUAUCCUCCACUUCUCAGGCCACUGCCAGAUUAAUCUUCCUCAAAUACCAGUUUGAAUACAUCACUCAAAACCCCCAGUUCAGGGGCUUCCCUGGUGGCGCAGUGGUUGCGCGUCCGCCUGCCGAUGCAGGGGAACCGGGUUCGUGCCCCGGUCCGGGAGGAUCCCACGUGCCGCGGAGCUGCUGGGCCUGCGCUCGGAGCCUGUGCUCCGCAACGGGAGAGGCCGCAGCAGAGGGAGGCCCGCAUACCACAAAAAAAAAAAAAAAAAAAAAAAACAACAACCCAGUUCAGAAACCUCCAUUGACCAUUCACUGCUUUGGAAUUAUAAAUCUUUAGCUUAGCAUUCAGGCUAACACUAACUUUACUUCCCAAAAAACCUGGCAUGUGAUAUAGGCACCUGCCAAGCUUCUUGCUUUGCUGUGAUCUAGACUUCUCCUCGCUUUGCCCCUGCCACUAACCGGAAAGCUACUUCUAAUAUGUUUGCCUUAAUUCUUUCCAUCUCUCAAAGUCCUCAAAGGACCAUUCUUCCCUGACUCUCUAGCCAGAGUUCAUUUUUCUCACCUGAACCUUCAAAGCAUUUUUUUGUAUUUUUAUUAUGGCAUUUAUAUAGGGCUCAUUUAUAUACAAAUAUUAAUUCCAUAAGCACUUAUUAAGCACCAUGUGUAGUAGAGAAGGGGCUUGUCCUCUUCCUUAAGCUUCUUGUAGCAAUGCCAGGCCCAAGUCUUCCCAGGGUCUGUGGAGCCAGGCUCCAUGCUUUGCACAUCAUGUGGCUGAAUGAAUGAAAGAAUAAAAUCCCAAAGCAUCUAAACAGCAUGAAAGCCAAUUAAAUUCAUACUGAGAAGGCAAGGUAUUCUGUAUGACAUGGCACAUUAGUUUUGGUUGGCUAUAUUAAAAAAAAAAAAAAAAAAGAAAGAAAGCUAAGGAUAUAUUCAUGAGAUCAUUUAUAAAUUUAAAAUAAUGACUCCAUUAUUUUUGUCCUUAAGCUAGUUUUUAAUGGGGAAAUGAUAUUUUGUUAUAAAUGCCCAGUACAUUCCUGUAGGGAAAUGACUAUAUUUCCCUUAGUUUAGAGAUUAGACGGAAGGUAGACUAUCAGUGGUUAAGGGCAUGAAGGACUGUGAGAUGAAUUUUCAAGUCUGUAGGAAUGUGCAUUGACCAUAUACUUUGUAGUGCCCAUCAAAACAAUAAAAAAACAUUUUAAAUGCC